AUGGACACUUCCGAGGAGCAGAUCAAGCAGUACGAGCUGGAGCGCAGCGAGAAGGUGGCGCAGCGCGUGGAGGAGAUGGCCGCCCGCCUGCGCGCCCACUACGACGGCCUGCUGGAGAAGAUGGAGGGCGAGAUGCGCCUGAUACACAACAACUUCCUCCUCCACAAGCUGCAGUCGCAGCGGCAGUACGAGGAGGAGUACGCCAGCCUGGUCCAGGAGAUGAUGGCCAUGGGGGAGGAGGCCCAGGAGGACCAGGAGGAAAGUGGUGAUGGUCAAAGAACAACAGCAACAACAAACGAAACAGCAGCUCAUCCCGCCGUCGCCGCCGCCGCCUCUUCAAACAGCAAGUCCAAGAAACUUCAAGAGAAGCAGAAGCUGCUCGAGCGGCAGCGGGAGCUUCGUCAGCAGCAGCAGACCGAGUACCGGCAGGUGGUGACCCGGUCGAAGGAGGCCAUCGGCCGCAUACUGGCCGACAUCGAGGCUCGCCUGCAGGUUGAAGAGCAGAAGCUUCAACAGCAGCAUCAACAGCCGAAACCACUUCUUCAGCAGCUUCCGGACGCCUCGGCGGUGGAGCAGCUCGCCCACUGUCGAACCUUCCUCUUGGGCGCCAUCUCCGAGCUGGCGGUAAUGCUGCUCACCACCGCGCCCAGCUCUCAACCUGCUAGUGGAGGUGGAACUCAGCCUCAGCCAGAGCUGACCAUCGAGCACCUGAAGCUGGCCGCGGAGAAGCAGCAGCAGGCGAUCGUCGCCGGCCAGCGCUACCACGCCCUGCUCACGCAGCAGCUGGCCAAGCUGGCGAAGUCGAAGCAGAAGUCGGCGGAGGUGGUGCAGCUGCAAAACGGAGGGGGAGGCAACCACGUUACAAGGCCACAGCAACAGCAACAGCCAUCUCAAUCUUCGACUGUGAUUCAAAGUGCUUCUGAAGGAGCGGCAGCAGCAGCAAGAAAAGCCCAACAACCCAGCUCAUCCACUCAGGCACAAACUCCUCGACCCGCCGCCUCUUCCUCAACUCCAUCUUCCUCUCAGCAACCUCAACAACCCUCCUCUACUGCCAAAACCUCCAAAAACGUCGCAAACUCCAACUCCAGCUCUGCUCCGAAGGAGUUCAGCCAGCCGGCAGAGCUGCUCUACGAGCGCAGCCAGCUGGAGCUGGUGCGCUUUGAGGCGGUGGUCGACCGUUUCAUCGCCGCCGAGGAGAACAAAAAGCGACGCACCGGUCUGCAGCUGUCCAUUCGAACGCGCAUCAACACAAUGUGCAACGAGGCGGUGGGCAAGCUGGCGGAGAAGACGCGAAAGCUGCUCGACCUGCUCUCCGGCAAGCGGGUGGAGAUGACGGCCAGCAAGGGCGACCUGGUGCAGUGCUCGGCCGCUGAUGGCUCCCUGCACUUUGCCAUCAACACGGCGGUCAUGGCCUUUCUGAACGUCGCCAUCAAGCAGAAGCACAUGGCCCUCCGCCUGGCGCCCGUGGUGAGCGUCCUCUGGGCCCGAGUGGACCCCAUCUUCGGCCGGGUCUUCCUCGCCCACCUCUACCGCAUCUGCCCCUACGCCCUCCCGUAUUACCCCGUUCAAGAGGAGGGCCAGUCGGCGGAGGAGUUCAUGGUCCGCUGCGGCUACCAGCUGAACGCCCAGAGCGGCGCCAUCAGCGAGACGGACGAGGCCUUCCAGGAGCGGGUGUACUCGCUGGUGCAGCUCUACGCCGCCGUCCUCCAGUGCAACGUCACCGAGGCCAAUGGCGGCGGCGGUGGCGGCNUCUUCCUCGCCCACCUCUACCGCAUCUGCCCCUACGCCCUGCCCUACUACCCCGUUCAAGAGGAGGGCCAGUCGGCGGAGGAGUUCAUGGUCCGCUGCGGCUACCAGCUGAACGCACAGAGCGGCGCCAUCAGCGAGACGGACGAGGCCUUCCAGGAGCGGGUGUACUCGCUGGUGCAGCUCUACGCCGCCGUCCUCCAGUGCAACGUCACCGAGGCCAAUGGCGGCGGCGGUGGCGGCGGGGGCGGUGGAAAUAGCACCCACCCGCGCGACCUGCA